AUGAAUACCUUACGUGUUUCUUCAAUUGCAACUGCUGCUCGUUGUUAUAUAAAAUUUUCUGAUGUUGUCAAAGUUGCUAGCUUGAUUCCUCAACAUCUUGUGCAAAAAAAAGCUGCCAAUGAUAUUAAAAGAGUAGGCGAGAAAUUUAAAUACUCCUACACUCACUAA